AUGCUGGCCGGCAAGCUCGUCCGUCGCAAAAAGAUCCACAACUUCCUCACGCUCUCCCGUCCGGCCGAUGUGUUCAACUCUGUUAUGCUCAACUUCCCGGUUGUCGGGGUCGUCAACGACAACCACCGCACCGUCCGCGCCUGCCACUCCUCCGGAUCGGCACCGUACGGCACCUCGCGCACCUCGCCCAUGCUCCCAGCGUCGGCCGGUAACCUGGAAGUCCAGCAUCAUCGAGUUGGCCACUUUGAGACGCGCGACAACGCGUCCGAACGCCCGUCCCGCUAA